AUGUGCGAGAAGCACCUUGGUCGCUUCUUCAAAAUCCAAUCACAAGUUGCUGAUGCAACUCUCAAGAGUAUAUCGUAUCAGAACCUGUGGUACCUCUUCAAACCUGGCGACAUCAUUAUCGGCCGUGGAGAGGCUGGUUCGCAUCUUGGAGAUACUGCUGAGGCUUACUGUGUUUACUGCCCUACAAGUAGCCGCCCUCCGCAAAAGGUUCUUGCAUUUGCAUGGGACGCGGCAUUUUGGCAGAAGCACAGUGUGUCACCACCUGAUUACUUGAAGGAUAAUGUUUCUCAGCCGGACGACUUUCACCUGUUUUCUUAUCACUGGCAGUUCAACGGCUCCCGCUUUACACCUCAACAGAAGCUUGUCGUCAUCAAACCCUUUGAGGGAGAGAAAGAAAUCACCAAACUGGCGUACUUCCCCAAGCAGUUCUGCAAAGCCGACAACCCCAUCCUCAAAUAUCUAAUUGACAAGGGAGAGACUUUUAGAAGGUUGCGAUAUGGUCAUGGCGUGUACAAGGGAUUGAAUGUACAGCCUCAGCCACCGCAGUUUGUUGACGAGGAAGUUUUUAUCGACUUUGCCUCUGGAUUUGAGGCAAACGUCGAAAGUAUUAAGACUUACCUGGAAGAAGGGACCUUGAGUCUCCCAUUUGAGGAAAAAGAGGAGGUUUACGGCCGUCGUUGCGACAGACAACCUCACUGUUGGACUUGCAACAUCGACAUGUCGGCGAACAAGUUAGAAAUGAAGCGCGCCAGUAACUUCAGAGUUACUGGAAAGUAUGCUCUGACGGUCUCCAACGAAGACUUUUCCAAACUAUCGGAAGAUAGCCUCGUCAUGCUACCGAGCACUCUGCUAGGCUACGGACUAAAGUCCAAAGACUGGUACUUGCUCGACAUGUACAAGCUCAAAAUGAGUGAGACUACCGAGUCUAAGCGGCAACAGUCUUUUGACCAUCUCGUGAUCCCUUCCAAGACAAAGCGGCUACUGCAAGCGUUAGUGAAAGAUCAUGGCAUCACUACGGAGAGUUCAGGUGGAACUGAGGAUGAGCUCAAGAACGAGAUUGAUAUAGUCAAGGGAAAGGGUAACGGAGUCGUCAUCUUUUUGUACGGCCCUCCUGGCGUGGGAAAGACAUGUGGUGAUCUGGGAUCAGAGGCUGUGAAAAUCCAAGAAAAUCUUGAUCAACAUUUCAAGUUGGCUCACAGAUGGAAUUGCGUCCUUCUACUGGACGAGGCUGACGUCUACCUUGCCGAACGGAACAUUCACGAUCUAGAUCGUAAUGGAAUUGUGUCAGAGUACUACCCGGGCAUUCUAUUCCUCACUUCCAACAGAGAGGGACUCAUCGAUGAAGCCUUCAAAUCUCGAAUCCAUGUUGCUUUGCGGUAUAAGGCAAUUGAUGCAGCGGGAACCAGGAGGAUCUGGGAAAAUAUCUUGAAUAAGAUUGAUGCAGACAAUGCAGAUAAGACGAUCAAGGUCCGCUUCAAGAAGAGUGAACUUCUCGAAUGGGCGGAAAAUCAUUUCGACGAGGUCAAAGACAAAAAAUCAGAUGGCCUCAGCACGGCGACCUGGAACGGAAGGCAGAUUCGCAAUGCGUUUCAGACAGCGAUUGCUAUCGCGUCGUUUGAGCGGGUCAAUUAUCUGAAGGAAAAGAACGUCAGUGAGGAAGAGGCAUUGACAAAGAAAUCCAAGAAGUACCGAACGAUUGAGCUCAAAAGUAAACAUUUCGCCACGGUUUCAAAGGUGGUUGGGGAGUUUGAAGAUUAUCUCGUCAAGUGUAGAGGUGACGAUGCUGAUCGUGCCUCUAAGAGCUCCUGGAGGAAGGAUAGUCACGAACCAGGAGCCCCGCGUCUAUCUGCUUACCCAAAACCCAAGGACCUGUUCAGGAGAUCUGAAGACAACAAGCGAAAGGGUCAUGUCGAUGACUUUGCUGACAUCCGGGGAAUCAAGGGGAAGAAGGUUGAGUCUGAUGAUAGCGACGACCAGACGCAAGAGGGAAACAAGGGCGAGUCGAAGAAGGUUGGUAAAUCGAAAGUCCGGGGAACGCAACGGGAUGAUGAAUCUUCCGAUGAGUCGGAAUCAGAGUCUUCCGAUGAGGAGGACUGA